AUGGACGGACUUCUUAACAAAGCUAAAGAAUUAUCAAAAAAUGUCGAUCAAAAAGACUUGAAAGACGCUUAUGACACUUAUAACAAGACUGAUGGUUCAUUACAAGAUAAAGGAAAAGCCGUUUAUGAAAAUUACAAUAAAUCACAUUCAUCUUCAGAUGCAACAAAAACUGAUACUAAAACUGAUUCAAAAACUGAAACUGAAACUGAAUCAAAAUAA